GCACCACUGCCUCGCCAUGUUCUCGGAUCCAAACCCGGAUUGGCUCGAAAUUCCACGAACAGCGACGGGGAUUCGUGGAGCCAGGCCACGCCUCGUACGCCAACUCCUGGACCACCUCUUCCCAUCCAACCUCGUACUCGGUUACUUGGUAGUUGUGCGCCACACAACAAAGGCCACCCCGCUGCUCGGCCAACCGACUAGUCCUCGUUGGCACGACGCACGCUCAACAACUUCGACCUUAACCGGCCGCAAUUUUAUUUCACCUCUGACCCGCCGCCGCUUCCUCCACGAGUUAACGGGUCCACGCUUCUUCCAUCUUUUCGUUCCAUCCAUUCGUUCCAAACCGAUUCCACGGCUGGAAAUAGGACGGUUUUUCGAGCGGUUUUCGGACAGCGGACGGAUAGAUAGGCGAGCUGGAGUCGUUCUAGGAGAUCUAGGAUCGGGGGAAGGAAGAGUCGGUGGAGAAGCCUCGCGUCAUGUUAUCGAGAGUUCCGUCGCCGAAUCGUUGGACGGAGUAGAAGAGGAGAAGGAGGAGGAGGAGGAGGAAAUUGAUCGUCGUGCGAGUGUGGAAGAAAUUGGAGGCGAGCGGAAGAAAUUCUAAGUAAAAUAUGUGUCGUUGUGCGGCAAGGACGAGCCAUGAGAGGUGCGGUAGCAAACCAAUGGUAUCGUCGUAGAGUUGUGUGUACCAUCGUGUGGACAUUGUAAUCCAGUACGAAUAAACAGACUCGAUACAUUUACUCGACGAUACAACGCUACGUGUACGAAAACUGUUGAGGUGGUGUUGGAUGAUAUAACGAGAAUUCUUAAUAAUUCCAAGUGUACGUUAAUAAGAAACAACAGGGAUAGAAGAUACGAUACGAUACGUGGUGGGACGAUCUGCCUUCAAAAUGUAUUUUUCAAUUCACGUGUAUUGGACAGUCGUUUCGUGUAACGUUUGAGCGGUAGUGUGUUUACAAAGGAUCGCCGUUCUUUCGCAAAAGAUCCUUUCGUCGGAAAGGAUAGGCAAUACAAAAUAAACGAUAACCUUGACCGGGAUCACGCUUUUGGAUUUUUUCCCGCAAUGGAUUCCCAACAGCUCGUCGACACUGCGUCGCAGAACAGCCAGGACAUCGUUCUGCCGAAACCAGCGAGUAGUACUCCUAGGCACAGCAUAGACGCGAUCCUUGGACUGGCAAACAAUAAAAGGAGUCAUCAGGAAAUGGAGGAUAACGGUCGAGACGCGCAGGAGAACACAGGUGAGAACAGCUGCAACUCCACCGGCGGUGGCAGCGACGAGGAACUCGGGGCAGGCUGCGGGGACGAUUUGAACGGGAACAGCGGGAAGAAGAAGCAUCGCCGAAACAGGACGACCUUCACCACCUACCAGCUGCACGAGCUCGAGAGAGCCUUCGAGAAGUCUCAUUAUCCGGACGUGUACUCCAGGGAGGAGCUCGCUAUGAAAGUCAAUCUUCCGGAAGUGCGGGUCCAGGUGUGGUUUCAGAAUAGGCGGGCAAAAUGGCGCAGGCAGGAGAAGAUGGAAGCAGCGAGACUCGGCCUCAGCGAGUAUCAUCAUCCCGGCAACAUGAGAAACGUGGCUGGGCCGGCUCUGGGUUUGCCGGGAGAUCCUUGGCUCACUCCUCCUGGUCUGUUGAGCGCUCUUCCCGGCUUUCUCGCUGCACCUCACACGGGAUAUCCCAGUUAUCUAACGUCCCCGAGACGAUUGCCGUCGCCGCCCAAUGUUGGGGCCGUUGGAAGCGCGGUACCAGGCGGGCUGAGCGCAGGGAUGACGAGCAUAGGGAGCGGAGGGCACGUCCCAGCGGCGCCACCCAGUCCGCCUGGUCACGAUCCGCGCACAACGAGCAUCCAGGCUCUGAGAAUGCGGGCCAAGGAGCACGUCGAGAGCAUCACUAAAGGAUUACAAAUGGUCUGAAGUUUAACGUACGACCCAGGAAGGCAGUAUCAACCCGACCACGGCCAAGCCGUGGCCACGCUUUUAACACCGCGGGCGUGACGAGAAGCGAAAACAACUACCACUCUCCCCUAGAACAACUAGAUCCUUGGAGAAACUGGAGAAAACAGUGUCCGGUAACGGGCAGACGGAUCGACAAACACGUUCCCUCGUCCCUCUUUCCGCGGCGUCGUUUCUAUCCCACCGUUGGAAACCGUUUUAUCGAACACAACGUGCCGAAGAGUGCGAGGGCGGGUGGACGAGGAAAGGGACGAUUAUUACGCCGGUUCGAUUAUUAAUUGCCGGUGGUAUAAUAAUCGAGAGGAGAGGUUUGGUCGUUGGUUAAUCGUAACUGAUUGACUGGAUCAAAUUUUGUUGUAUCGUUUCUUGACGAAGGGACGAAGGGAACCGUGAUGCGCUCGUUCUCUUGCGAGAACAGAAGAGACGAAAAGAAGGAAGAGAAAUUUGAAAUUCGGUGGAAAAAUCCGAGAUCCGAGAAUAAUCCCAGUUUCGGUUUUGGGUGGUCAGUUUUUUUCGGUCGAACUAGUUCAGGAUAACAAUAGUGCAAUAAAGAGAAAGGGGUCAGAGACAUUUUUUCGUAGUGCGUUCGUACGGACGGAGGAGUAGCUGUAAGAUCCAAAGACGAUUCUUUCCGGUUAGAACUGCGAAGGAUAACUCCAUAAUUUCCUGAACGGUACAGCUCAGUAAGUAAUAUAUUACGUAUAGUUUUAAACGAGGUUUCAAAGCGUCGCGAAAACCGACGUCCCGUCGAACCUGGAUUACGGAUAAAGAUUUUUAUUUUGCGCGUAUCGGCGAAGAAGCGAGCGACGAUCCGGAUAUCAGUUCAAACGACUCGGCCAGAGAUUCGUGCGACGUGUGAAUUUUUCGUUAAGAGCCACACGUUAAGAGUCGCGUUAAGAGUGCACGGUGUCCUUUCGACUUGGAGAUCGAACGGACGGUCUUCAAAUUCGGAACACGAUUUUUAACUGUAUCGUUUAACGAACCAAGAAUUCGAAUCGGGAGAAUCGAAACGAGACAACAAACGUCUUCUCGAUCGUCAUAAUUUUUCACUCGAAUUGCCACGUUACGAAUGAAAAGUUAAAAUCGAGGCGAAACGAGUCGAUCCGAAAUAUUUAAAAUCCUUUCAAUUUCUGUCACACUCUUAACACGAUCAACAACACCAACGCUGUCAUUGAGAUAUCGAAAAAAAAAAAAAAAGAAAAGAGAAAGAAAAAUUUCCAAUUUCCAAGUUUUCCCCGCGGAACCGUGGAAUUAUCGGAACGAGACGAAUCACGGAUAUGAACGGAAUGACAGUUAGAGUUGAUCGGUGGGCGUUCAAAUAUGCAAAAUGGCUGUAUCCCGACGAAAUGAAUUGGUACAAACCGCGAAGGGGUCAGUGGCCCGGCCGAGGCGAUCGUUUUCCUCCGUUGUAAACUAACGGUCUUGUAUCCGAAAUACGAUUAGCAUAAUUGUUUGAUAAUCAUGUAUCUCGGAUAGAACGAACGAAACGAGCGUAGACAAGGAAUAUUUGCUACUUUUGCGGCCGACACUUGUCACUUAUUUUUUUUUCUUUUUCUUUUUUUUUUUUUUUUCGAACAUAGACGCGGACGAGGCAUGAAAAUGGAUUAACUAAGAAUAAUUGACCAGCGAACGAUCAUUCGAUUAAUCAUCGAAUGAACGUCGAGCGUCGAGCGUCAAUCCACAAAAUUUUAACGAGGCGAAAUUCUUCCAAAAUUUGUUUAGCGAGUCGCUCGAUCAGAAGUGAUCGAGCUGUGCGAUGAACUCUCAGAGACUAGAUCAAUAUUUCUUGUAGCAUAGAGAUUCGAAGUGAGAGAGAGAGUGUGUGUGAGUGAGAGAGAGAGACAGAGAGACAGAGAGAGAGAGAAAGAGACAGAGACAGAAAGAAAGAGAGGAAGAGAGAGAGAGAGAGAAUGAUGAGACACAUUUUGACAUAAACAAUAUUCUGCAGUAUUAAUACGUUAAGACAAAAAAUUGUGCAUAAAGUUACGUAAUAAACGAUCACGAUAUGCGGAUACCGCCGCUUGGAAGAUGGACUGGCUAGACGUUCUUUGGAAUCCAAGAGUUUGAUCGAAAGAUGAAAACGUGUCUUAAUCGAUAUACCAUUCUACGUUUCUUCGAAUAUUACAAAUUUUACAAUUUAUAAAUCCUGUCAAAUUAUAAUUAACUAUCUUUGGAUACGACAACUUAUAUAUACAACUUAUCCAUAACACGUUCUCUUUAUCACUUGUACGAUUUCUUGAUCGCCUCGCGCAGUUUCGAAAAUCUUCAAGUCGAGGAUUAAGCACCUUCUUAAGUUUCGCCCAAUCAAACUGUUCGAUUCCUCUGGCAGUCAGUUCCCAGAGAAAGCGGCGGCAAGGAGCUCUAAGUAGAGGGUGAAAGAAAGAACGUAGACAGUUACCCACCCCCGGAUGUCUAUUUGUAUAUAUACCUGCUCGUGAUGAAAUAAAAUUUGAUGUACAUAUUUAAUCAUAC